AUGCCUAAUUUUCUGCAGGAAGAUAUUUACAAGGGAAAAUCCACGCUUACUUUCCAUGAACCACGAAGAGACUGCAAAAACUAUUUGGUGCCAUUCCGACAUUGUUUGGCUGAACCGACACCAGAUGAUAAGCUACACGAUACCACGUUAUUUCAAAUUGUCGACCUGCGAGACAUCACCAAGUCGGUUCUUUCCAUGAUUGAAGGGCUAAAGCUCUUGAUUGAUAUCAACGAAAGCUUCCAAGACCGACAGCGAGCUAUAACAGGUCCUGGGGCUUCUAAGAAGCAAAACUCGAAACCUAGGGCAACGAUCGAUGCCGUCAACGCUGAUGAAGAGCUUGGACAUGAUGGUGCAACCCCUUAUGGAGGCUGGAGUAGUAGUUAUAGGCUGACUUUACAGGAUUGCUUUGGCAACACAUGUUACGCGUACGAAGUUGAACCACUUGGUUUUCUUCGGAAGAGGAGUAACGGCUUUUUUCCUAUUAAAUUAGGCUCGAAGAUUGUUGUGAAUUCGGGUACAAAAAUAAUUUUCAACACGUUACAGCUCAAAAAUGAAAAUGUAGAAUUUUUAGGGGGUUACAUCAUGAAAUUGGAUUACAAAUUGUACGAGAGGAAACUAAAAGAGUUGAAAGAGGAGAUCCACUAUGAGGGAUGA